UAUAGCAGAACCUCACCCUCUGUGCCCUACUUCACAAUUUUCCAAUUCUCGAUUUACCACCAAAAACUCUCAUCGGAACCCAACCACUGUGAACCGAAAAACCACUCUCUUCUCUUCAACGAAACCGUUUCCACUUUCUCUUUCAUCAGAUUUUUUGUUCAAGUAUGGGGGAUACUGAACCAAUGGUUACAGAAACAUCUGCUGUUGAGACGUAUCCAUCGGAUGGUUACAAUAACACCGCUUCGGAUCCGGUUCCCGAGGCUGCUGCUCCUGCUCCUGCUGAGGUUGCAGGAGAAGCUGGUGUUCAGGAUAAUUCAAGCUAUGAGUUAGGUGAUGGGAAUGCUUAUACUGCCGGGGAUCCUAAUUCUGUACUUCAACAAGCUCAGUUUAGUGCAACAAAUGAGUCCAAGCAAGUUGCUGGAGUGCCUGAUGCUAACUCGGGUGCGGUUGGAAAUGAAGCUACGGAUUCUACUAUGGUUUCUGGCGAACAUUUGUCUGUAAAUGGCGGUGUUGAUACAGUUGGACUUGAAAAUGGAAAUGCAUUGGAGCAUGUUAAUGGGUCAGCUGAUGAGAAACAGCUUACAGAUGCUUACGCUGCUCUGUCUGCUGAAGAGGAUAGACUGUGGAAUAUUGUAACAGCUAAUUCGUCAGAUUUUACUGCUUGGACUUCUUUGAUUGAAGAGACUGAGAAGGUGGCAGAGAACAACAUUUUGAAGAUUCGUAGAGUCUAUGAUGCUUUCCUGGCAGAAUUCCCUUUGUGUUAUGGGUAUUGGAAAAAAUAUGCUGACCAUGAGGCGCGUCUUGGCACUGCUGAUAAAGUUGUUGAAGUUUAUGAACGUGCUGUUCAAGGGGUUACAUAUUCAGUGGACAUGUGGUUACAUUAUUGCAUAUUUGCCAUAAACACCUAUGGAGAUCCAGACACAGUUCGUAGGCUUUUUGAACGAGGAUUAGCUUAUGUUGGAACAGAUUAUCUUUCAUUUCCUCUUUGGGAUAAAUACAUUGAAUAUGAGUAUAUACAGCAAGACUGGGCGCGCCUUGCGAUGAUCUACACCAGAAUAUUAGAGAAUCCAAAUCAGCAGUUGGAUCGGUAUUUCAACAGCUUCAAGGAGUUGGCUAGUAAUCGACCUUUGUCAGAAUUACGGACAACUGAUGAAGCUACUGCAGCGGCAGGUGUUGUUUCAGAGGGUACUGACCAGGGUGUUGAAGGAGAGGUUCGUCUGGAUGGUGCGGAGAGUUCUCCUAAACCUGUAAAUGCUGGAUUAACAGAAGCAGAAGAGUUGGAGAAGUAUAUCGCCAUUAGAGAAGAGAUGUAUAAGAAAGCUAAAGAGUUUGAUUCUAAGAUCAUUGGUUUUGAAACAGCUAUCAGGAGGCCCUACUUUCAUGUACGGCCUCUUAAUAUUGGGGAGCUUGAGAAUUGGCAUAACUAUCUGGACUUCAUAGAAAGAGAAGGUGACUUGAGCAAGAUUGUCAAGUUGUAUGAGAGAUGUGUCAUUGCCUGUGCCAAUUAUCCCGAGUACUGGAUACGCUAUGUUUUGUGUAUGGAAGCUAGUGAAAGUGUGGAUCUUGCAAAUAAUGUUCUUGCCCGGGCAAGCCAAGUCUUUGUCAAGAGACAACCUGAGAUACAUCUUUUUUGUGCUCGGUUCAAGGAGCAGGCUGGAGAUAUAGUGGGUGCCAGAGCUGCAUAUCAACUUGUGCAUACUGAAAUUUCUCCAGGUCUUCUUGAAGCAAUAAUCAGGCAUGCCAAUAUGGAACAUCGAUUGGGGAAGUUGGAGGAUGCCUUCUCUUUGUAUGAACAAGCCAUUGCCAUUGAAAAAGGGAAAGAACAUUCACAAACACUGCCAAUGUUGUUUGCUCAGUAUUCUCGAUUUGUUUAUUUGGCUGCUGGGAAUGCAGAAAAGGCUAGAGAGAUUUUAGUUGGGGGACUUGAGAAUGCUUCCCUGUCAAAGCCACUUCUUGAGGCUUUAUUGCAUUUUGAGGCUAUUCAACCCCAGCCAAAGCGAAUUAACAUUGACUUUCUCGAGUCAUUGGUUGUAAAAUUCAUAACGCCCAACCCAGAGAACCCUGGUGUAGCAAGUGCAACAGAACGCGAGGAACUUUCUUCUAUUUUUCUAGAGUUUUUAAAUCUCUUUGGAGAUGUUCAAUCUAUCAAAAGGGGUGAGGAUAGACAUGCCAAACUGUUCUUGCCACACAGGAGCUUGUCGGAGUUGAAAAAACGUCAUGCAGAGGAUUUCCUUGCUUCAGAUAAAACAAAAGUGGCGAGAGCUUAUUCUGCUCAAUCACCUGCCCAAUCUGCAAUCGGUGCAUAUCCAAAUGCACCUAACCAAUGGACUAACUAUGGAGUACAGCCACAGACUUGGCCUGCGACAACACAAGCACAAGGACAACAAUGGCCUGCUGGCUACACUCAGCAGCAGGCUUCCUAUGGGGCUUAUGCUGGAUAUGGAGGUAACUAUGCUAACCCACAAUUGCCCGCAUCAGUUCCACCUAGCACUGCUUAUGCUUAUCCUCCUACAUAUCCUGCACAGCCGGCCCUGCCUCAACAAAGUUAUGCACAACCUGUUGCAGCCCCGACACAGCAACCUGCAGCAGUUCCUCAGGCCUAUUACGGGAGUUACUACUGAGUUGCAAAGUGAGAUAGCUAAUGUUUUGCUUCCUGUAAUUUUUGCCUUGAAUAUUGUAGGUAAGGGUUCUAGGUAAUUUGGAGCAUAGAUGCAGUGUAACUUUAAAUAAUACUAGUGAGUACUGAGGGUAGAUAAUCUUUUUUGACUCAAUUUAUGUUAUAAUUUGUUGUGCACGGCAUUUUCUUGAUAUUGAUCUUUUAAUGGGUUGGUGCUUA